AUGUCCGAGAGGCGAACGCGGUCCGGAGGGGCCGCCCAACGCUCCGGGCCCAGGACCCCGUCUUCUACUCAGUCUCCGCGGAGGUCCCAGCGGAAAUCAGGCCCUGAUCUCCCCAGCACCCUCCCUGAAAUCUGGCCCAAGGCAUCCCCUGCGGCUCCUGUCAGAAAGCCCAUCGUUUUGAAGAAGAUCGUCGCCCAUACCGUAAAGACCCCAUCUGUGCACACGCCUCGAAGGAGCCCAAGGAUUGCUUUUUUCUUGGAGAAGGAAAACAACCCUUCUAGCAAGGAGCCUGCUAGGGAGGAGCCCUUCAAGACAAGCAGUGUCCCCAUCACCCCCACCCCUACUCCUGUGCUAUGCCCCCUGAAUGUUGAGUCCAACUCCAGGGAAGACCUGGACGCCAGAGACUUGGAAAUGUCUAAGAAAGUCAGGCGAUCCUACAGCCGGCUGGAGACCCUCGGCUCUGCCUCCACCUCCACCCCAGGCCGCCGGUCUUGCUUUGGCUUUGAGGGCCUGCUGGGGUCAGAAGACUUGGCCAGAGUCUCACCUGUGAGGUGUUCAAAGUUAACCGAAGUCCCCAGGGUCCCUGUGAAGCCCUGGGCCCCAGAUACCACUCUCCCCGGAAUCUCUCCACCUGCUGUGAAAGAGAAACGAAAGAAAAAGAAGGUUCCGGAGAUCCUGAAAUCAGAGCUGGAUGAAUGGGCUGCAGCCAUGAAUGCCGAGUUCGAAGCUGCUGAGCAGUUUGAUCUCCUGGUUGAAUGA